UAUUUAUGAAAAGAGAAUUGAUAUCUUAAAUGCUCAACAAAGUGAAAGUUUAGUAUCAGAUAAUUUGAAUAAUAUAACUUUAGAUUAUGAAAUUUUGGAUAAUACAAUUUCAGAUGAUAAUAUUAGUUUAGAUACUAAUAAUGCAACUGAUCUUGAUAUUAGCUUUCAAGAUAAUAAUAAAGAAGAACGGAAAACAAAACAUGCACAUCUUACAAAAGAUAAUUCUAAAAAUAUUGUCGCAACAUCUAAAAUUACUAAGCUUACUUCUCUUAUUGAAUUUCAUACUGAAUAUGAUACUACAGAGUUAUGUUCUUCUUAUAUACUUAAUCAUCCAUUAUUAGAAUCAUUAGAAAUAAAAUCUUGUGCUGAUUAUAGAAGUUAUUCUAAUAAUCAUGCAGCUAGAAAUUUUAUUGAUGCUAUUGGAAGAGUUAUUGAAGAAGUUAUAUCAAGCAAAAAUCUUGCAAUUAUUUCUAAACAUAUUUCAAAAAAUGUACCAGUUUAUCGUUAUUUAGGUAUGAUUGAGCUUACAAAAGAAACAGCUAAUGCUAUUGUUAAAGAAUUAAAUAUUUUUAUAUAUGCGAAAAAUUUACCAAUUAAUCGUUUAAUAAAUAUGGGAAGUGAUGGAGCAUCCAUAAUGUUAGGAUGUAAUAAUAGUGUAGCUGCACAACUAAAGCAACAAAAUCCUUAUCUUAUUGAGAUUCACUGUAUUUCUCAUCAUUUAGCAUUAGCGAGUGAAGAUGCUGCAGCUAGUAUUCCAUAUUUGAGUAAUUAUAAUAACAUUGUUAGAAAUCUUUAUAGUUAUUUUAGCAAAUCUUAUAUAAGAAUGGCACAUUUAAAAAUGCUUUCAUUAUCUAAUGUUGUUUCUAAUCUUCAUCAUAUAAUUAAUUCUGUUAUUCAAGCUCUUUAUGAAGAUUAUGAAAUAUCAACAACUGCACAUACAUUAUAUAAUAUGAUAGAUCAAAAUUUUCUUCUUACAACAUAUUUUUUAGCUGAUAUUCUUAAUGAUCUUCAAUGUUUAACACUUAUUUUUCAAUCAGAUUAUAUAUCAUUAUAUGAGAUUAAAAUUCAACUUAAUACAGUUAUUCAAAAAAUUACAUCAGAUUUUUUAGAAGCAAAUGGACAAGAAUCAACAUGGGGAAAUCAUUUAUAUCAAUUUUUAGAAAAAGAAAAUAUUAUAUCAAAUUAUAUUCUAUUUCAUAUACAGCAAUUUGCUUGA